GGAGUCCUGGAUUCUCCUGGUGCCUGUGCCUGUGGAUGGGCCCCAGGUGACCGGCUCUGUGGAGGGGAUGCUGGGGCCCCUGCCCAGUCUUGGACUGAAGGCUGAGGCCGCCUAAAACACUAGUAUCACGAUCUCACCCCCACGGACCAGCGAUCUCCAUCUGGGCAGGAGACCCUUCUCACCUGUGGUGGCCACUUCUGAAGCUGGGGCAAUCCAGGGACAUGCCAGCAGCCAGGAUGUCCAUGCAGCGCAUCUGCCACCUGAAACCUGAGGCCCUGAGCCUGCCACCUGGGGCCUCAGAGUCCCCAAGCUGCCAGCGGCGACACACACUCCCCGCGAGCGAGUUCCGCUGCCUCACGCUGGAGGACGCAGUCAGUGUGUUUGAGAUUGAGCGCGAAGCCUUUAUCUCUGUCUCGGGCAUCUGCCCCCUGUACCUGGAAGAGAUCCGGCACUUCCUGACCCUGUGUCCAGAGCUGUCCCUGGGCUGGUUUGAAGAGGGCCGCCUUGUGGCCUUCAUCAUUGGCUCACUUUGGGACGAGGAGAGACUCACUCAGGAGUCGCUGAGGCUGCACAGGCCUGGGGGGCAUGUAGCCCACCUGCACGUGCUGGCCGUGCACCACACCUUCCGGCAGCAGGGCAAGGGCUCCAUCCUGCUGUGGCGCUACCUGCACCACCUGGGCGGUCAACGGGCAGUGCGCAGGGCCGUGCUCAUGUGCGAGGAGGCCCUGGUGCCCUUCUACGAGAAGUUUGGCUUCCAGGCUGUAGGCCCGUGCGCCAUCACCGUGGGCUCCCUCACUUUCACGGAGCUGCAGUGCUCCCUGCGGGGCCAGGCCUUCCUGCGCAGGAACAGCGGCUGCUGAGUGGGCUGCCCCCUGGCUGCAGGAGAUGUGGGAGCAGGUUGGGGGGGCUCGCUCAGUCCCCGGGUCCCCUUCUCUGCCCGGGGCCCACCCCAGGCUGACCGAGUAUAAAGGGAGACUGUGAUUCCCAAACUCAGCGUGCAGGGGAGAGGCCAGAGGAGCAGAGAUGGAUUCACCCAGGUCCCAGCUGCUCAGAGCAGGGAAUGCUGUGUCCUCAUGAGACCCUCCAGAACUUUUGCAUUCCAAACCUGUGCCCAAGGCUCAAGAUGAGAGUGGGCUGGUAAAUGAGAAUGCUGGGAGGUGUUCUCGGGUCCCAGCCACGUUUCCUGUCUCGGUGAGGCACCCUGAUGCUUGGGGUCCUUAUUCUCCCCAGCCUCGUAGAUACCCCUUCUUGCCCUCCACCCCUGGAGUGGGGGUAGCUAGAAGUAAAGCCCACAGGGGCCACUGCCCACCCAGUCCUUGGGCAUCCUGUGCCCCAACUUCUUUCCCAGGCUUCUCUCCUCUCCUUAGCCACCCACCAGCCCCUGCACUGGCUCCUCUGCUCCAAGUAAUAAAGCAGUUAUGUCCCCUGCCUCCCUGGUGGCUUUUUGGUGUGGUGUGCAGGCUGUGGCUGUGGAAUAGGCACAGUGAAUGGACCUGUCUCCUGCUUGGAGUGAUGAACAAGUGUCUGGCCAUCUCCCAGGGCUGCUUCUGCCGGAGCAAGCCACCCUCAGCACAGAAAGUCCCUCACGACCCUGGAUCAGAGGCAGAGCAGGCUGGUGUGGGGACCCCUGGGGUCUAAGGAUGCAAUCCAGUCCUCACGGGGGCCCCACUAAGGCCUUCUGUGUGACCCUGAUCUGGAUUUUGGAAACUAAAUCCCGAGAUGUCCCACGAGUUCCCUAUGU